AUGCGAUGGAAACAGUAUGACUUUCAAUCACUAAAGUUUCAAAACCUAGCAGCUGCUCUGGCUCCUAUUGAUGUUCGACUUGGGGGAACAUAUUCUGACUUUAUGAUCUUCGAUCCUAAUGGCACAGACAGCUUUAAGGACAAGCAGGCUCCAGAACUUUAUGGAAAUGGGUAUAAGUUUGACUCUGGUUUCUUUGAUUCACCAUUCCAGUUGGAAAAUUUCACUUUGUCAGGAAAGCACUGGGACAUCUUGAAUACUUUUAUAGAAAAAGUUGGCUGGAAUCUCAUGUUUGAUUUCAACCUUUUCAAGUGGAAAGGUGAUCUCUGGGAUCCUUCAAAUGCAGAGCUGCUGCUGAAUUACUCAUCAGAAAGGGGCAUCAAGAUCCCAUACUUCCAACUAGGAAAUGAGCCCAACUCCUAUCGCCACAACUUCAACCUAACAGUCUCACCCCAGAUCCUGGCAGAAGACUAUAGAAUACUGAAGAGUUUGAUUUCCAAAUACCCACUCUACAACACAAGUAGGCUGUAUGGGCCUGAUGUUACCAAUCUGAAUGUGCCUCAUGGCUCUAUUCAGUAUUUGACAGAUUUCCUCUUGUCAGGUGCAUACAAUGUUAUUUCAGGAAUAAGCCUUCACCAUUACUACCUGAAUGCAAGAACAGCAACCCAAGACCAGUUUGUAAAUUUAACAGUGUUGAAUUCUUUGAAGAGUCAGUUGCAGCUGGCCUUAGAUAUAGUUACAUCAAGUCCUGUACCGUUGCCUGUUUUGUUAACGGAGACAUCAUCUUGUUUUGGAGGCGGAGCAACAAACCUGUCUGACGCUUACCUGGCAGGGUUCUUAUGGCUGGACAAGUUAGGUUUGUCAGCACAAUAUGGGAUAUCCAGGGUAUUCCGGCAGACCUUCCUUGGAGGAUCAUAUGGACUACUUGACCAAAACAUGAACCCCUAUCCAGAUUACUAUCUGUCAGUUCUGUUCAAGAGACUGAUUGAAGGCCCGGUGUUCAGUGUCAUCACUGAGCCAGCAGAUCAACAACUGAGGGUGUAUGCACAUUGUGCCAGGAAAAACAUAUAUCAAGCUGGUGAUUUGGUAAUUUACUAUCUGAAUAUAAAAGAUAUAGAAAUUAAUCUAGACUUGCCUCAGUUUCAAAAUGCUGACCUUGACCUGUAUCUGCUCACUCCUGGAGAUGAGGCGGGACUCAAGUCCAGGUAUGUUAGACUCAACGGUGAUCUGCUGUUGCUAUCUAAUUCAACUCUGCCCCCACUAAAUCCAAGACCACACCGAGGACCAGUGACUGUCAGCCCCAUGUCAUUUGGUUUCAUUGUUGUGCCUAACUUCAGUGUGUCGUUGUGUUUGAAAUACUUUGCUCGUUCGGCUAAUCGGGGAUAA